GUUUCACCUAUUCUAAAACGCUAUAGAGCGUAUAUUCUAAAAUUUAGAACAGCGCUCGAUAGCGUCACUGAGUUGCAACCUGAGCAACCCACAACGGGCAUUUGCCCGCGAAGACAACAUCAACAUGGCGCCCAAGCGAACUCGAAGUGGUAGUGUGAAUAAACCAAAACGUUUUAAACCCGUUAAACUGCGCGUGCUUUCAGUUUCCACAAGUGGAAGCAAACGUGCCGGUAGCAUCUUUCUGAAAACAUCAUCAGACAAUGUUUCAAGUGCUCAUGGUGAUGAGAUAUCUACCAGCAAUUUGCCCUCGCUCUCGAUGGAUACCGAUCAUGAUGAUCAUGGCGAUGAUCGUGAUGAUAAUGGCGAUAUUCUUGGUGACCGUAGUACUUCUGACUUAUCACAACAUCAGUCAAGACGAUUACGGCAAUACAGACAAUGGGAAGAAGUCAGGGAGAAGCUUGUUAAAUCUCGCUACGAACGAAAUGCUUUCACAGCCAACGAUGUACAGUGCUGUGAUUGCACAGCAUUCGCCGAAACUCGUUGCCUCGACUGUGGUCACGAUAUUUAUUAUUGCAGAAACUGUGCAAUUAACAGUCACAACACAAGGAAUCACUUCCAUGUUUUAGAAAUAUUUAAGGAUGGCUGUUUUCUACCAUUCUUUGUUGACCAGAAACCAUUGAGCUUAUGGCAUCAAAGGAAUUGUCCUACAUCUUGUGCCAGAAUUGUUGCAUGCAUUGAUCAACACGGGCGACAGCAUCAGAAGCAAAUCCUUUUUUGUGAAUGUGAAAGUGAUGUCGUGACCCUAUGGAAGAUGCAUUUAUGGCCUAACUCUGCAAAACGCCCUAUUGUAGCUUAUCACAUAAAGCUGAUGGAGUUGGCAGAAGCACUUGUUUUGGAAUGUCAAGUUUCUCUGCAAAAGUUCUGUGACAUGUUGACUGUCCUCAAUAAAUCAACUCUUUUCCCAAAAUGGGUGAAAAAUGUUUACUCUGGUCUCAACAGCGAUUCCUUUGAUGAAUUUAGAUAUCACCAGUAUAUGAUGAGAGAUGGUUCACCAUAUUGGCAAAAAACCCCAGAAAUUUCUAGAAGUAUCUGCCCUCUUUGUCCUAAGGAUGGUAAAUCAGGAAGCAUUGUGGAGUGUAUGGAUGGCUGUUUUGGGCUUGUGCGGAAGAAAUCUGCAGGCACUGAUAUUUACCCAUCCAGACACAAAACAACCAUGUUUGCUGAUCAAAAUGAUGUUGACAAUUUUGUUCAAAGUUACACAGCAAAUGCCAAAGAAUCAAAUGUUGAAUGCAAUGAAUUUAAAGCUGGAGAAGUAACUGACAUGCUCAGGUCAAAAGGGAGAAACAAACUCUAUGAUGAAAAGGGUGUUUUUGGACGUGUUUGCAGACACGAUUUCCCAAAAGGCUUCCUCAACAUUAAACAUGGAGAAAGGAUAGCUUAUUCCGUGUACGAACUACAGCGUCUAUUAGACAAUUAUGAUGGGACAAGUGUUGAUGUAAAGAUUACAUAUGAUAUUGCAUGUACAUUGGAAGCCCAUUUGAAGAAAAAUGAGAGGGAAGACAUUCUUGACAAAGUUGAUUUAGCCAUACCAAUUUUCCACUGCUAUGGACACAAGUCAUCUUGCCAGAUACAGUUCAGCCCAAGGCGACUACAAGGCUAUGGUUUAACUGAUGGUGAAGGAAUCGAAAGGUUGUGGUCAUAUUUAAGAGGUUUCUCUUCAAUGACCAAGGAAAUGAGCCCCGGGCGACGUACAGAUAUGUUGACCGAUGCUUUGCUGCAUUAUUCCUCACGCCAGCUUCGUACAUGUGGAUUUCAACUUGCGAACAAGCUAAAGAAAUGUCCAGUACUUCUUCAAAACGCAUUGUUGCAAUUGGAAGAACUGUUCUCUGCGUUAUCCGUUCCAUAUGAUGGAGAAGUAAUUAAGAAGUGGAUGAAAGAUGAGGAAAAUCUGAUUUUAACGAGAGCCAAAACCAAAUUCACUUUGACGUGGCAGCAGAAGUACGUUCAGAAUCUAAUUCAUUUGAAUCAGCUGAGAUUGAAUGUUGCAUCUAUUGAGGAAGGCGCACAUGACCAACUGGUUGAAGUGGUUAAAAAAACAAAAGAGGUCAUGAAGACACUGAAAAGUAUUGAGAAGUGUAACAAGCUGCCGAAGAGGUGGAAACCAGGUGAAGCACAUUUUAAUGCGGCAGCUCUUGGUUUGGAAAAUCAAAGACGGGAUACAAUUGUGGAGCAGACGUAUAAUAUGGCAGUGGAGAGGAUGUUUCUUAUUUCUCUUAAAAGAAAAUAUUCAGAUGGUCAAGCAAUAGCAACGAAAUUAUCGAAGCAAAUAAACAGAAAAACAAAUGCGAUCAAGAGUACGGUCACCAAGUAUAAUGCCUCCUUAGCUGCUUUGCAGGAAUUGGUUGAUGAUCGAUGCAAAGAGGAGCAGCAACUCUUGUUGAAGGAAAUGGAAAUGCUAUUUGACCAUUAUUUGAAAAGAAGAGAUUGUCUGGAAGAGAGUUAUCAACUUCACUCGCAGAACGACUGCAGACUUUCAAAUGGGAUUUGUACUGUGGUGAAAAGUGAAAUUUGCGAGACAAACAAUAUUUUGCUUUCCUUAGGAACCACAUUUCGUAAUCAUUUAGAUGCACCUAUUCUUGACACAAUUUCUGGGAUUACUGCUACAACAUCUUCUCAUCUGUCGACGUCCUUGUUCCAGGAGACUAUUGAAGAUGAUGAAAUCGCAGUUAUAGAAGAGCAGGUUAUAGAAGAUCUUGUUGAUUUGUUAGAUGGUGAAGAUGACGACGAUACUGCAGCUCAUUAUCAAAGUGAUUGUGAUGGUGGUAAUGUUUGA